GAAGAAGAAGAAAAAGGAUCACUGAGGUGUUGCUAGCUGAUUGCUAAAAACCUAGAUUUAUGGUAGACAAAUGAAAAAGAUAGCUGAAUUUCUUCAGAGGCUGAUCUGCAGUGGAUCGGAACAGCCUGCGUUUCGUGUAAAAUGCCUCCUAGUCUGUCAGAAGGUUAACCGGGCUUAAACCUGCUGGCUGAUUCUCCUGAAUUAGGAGCUAAAGGGCCCUGAGUCCGCAGUGCUCGGGUGAAUAUCUACCCAGCAUCUGCUGUGGGGGAGAGAAGCAGCAUCAAGCAACGGGGUUAUUGAUAUUAGAGGCUUUUAGAUAUUACCAACCUCAACUCAACAUGUCAAAUAACGGACCUCCUCCUCGAUGGCGCAAUUGUCCUAGAAGAGGGCAACUUGUGGCAGAGAAAUUCCUGCCAAUGAAAACGAUGUUAGGUCCCAGAUAUGAUGACCAAGUUGCAGAGGAGAACAGGUUUAAUCCGAGCAUGCUGUCCAACUAUUUAAAAAGUCUAAAGGUGAAAAUGGGUUUGCUCGUAGACUUGACGAACACGACUCGCUUUUAUGACCGCAGUGAAAUUGAAAAAGAAGGGAUAAAAUAUAUGAAGCUUCAGUGUAAGGGCCAUGGGGAGUGUCCUUCAGAAGAGACCACUGAGAUGUUCAUCAGGCUCUGUGAACACUUCAAUGAGAAGAAUCCCACAGAUUUGAUAGGUGUUCACUGCACGCAUGGCUUCAACCGGACAGGCUUUCUGAUAUGUGCAUACCUGGUGGAGAAAAUGGACUGGAGCAUCGAGGCAGCGGUGGCUGCUUUUGCCCAGGCUCGGGCCCCGGGGAUCUACAAGGGAGACUACCUCAAAGAGCUUUUCCGUCGCUAUGGUGACGGGGAGGGCGCACCACCUGCCCCCGAGCUGCCAGAAUGGUGCUUUGACGACGACGACGGGGACGUGGACGACGACGGCAACGCGGUUGGCCAGGAGUCGGGCCCCAGCUCCUCUGGGUCGGCGCCGGGCAAGCGGAAGAAAGAGAAGAUAAAACUGGGUGCAGUAUUUCUUGAAGGUGUCAAUGUGAAAGGCGUCACACAGGUCACCAUACAACCCAAGUUAGGCGAGAUCCAAAGAAUGUGCCAGGAGAUGGCCGAGUGGGACAAGUCUGGUUUUCCUGGUGCGCAGCCUGUGUCCAUGGACAGGCAAAAUUUGCGUUUCCUCGAGCAGAAUCCAUACAAAGUCAGCUGGAAAGCCGACGGCACGCGGUACAUGAUGCUCAUCAAUGGAAAAAAUGAGGUUUACAUGAUCGACAGAGACAACGCCGUCUUCCACAUAUCAAAUCUAGAGUUUCCUUUCCGGAAAGAGCCACGUGUCCACCUAUCAAAUACUCUGUUGGAUGGGGAGAUGAUCAUCGACAAGGUGAACGGUCACCCUGUGCCUCGCUAUUUGAUAUAUGACAUCAUCAAAUUCAAUGGACAGCCUGUUGGCCAGUGUGAUUUCAAUAUCCGGCUGUUAUGCAUAGAAAAGGAAAUAAUUUCUCCCAGGAACGAAAAGAUGAAGACUGGACAGAUUGACAAGACCAAGGAGCCCUACAGUGUCCGACAAAAGCCCUUCUAUGACAUUCAUGCUUCACGCAAGCUCCUAGAAGGCAGUUUCACAUCCCAGGUCAGCCAUGAAGUCGAUGGGCUUAUCUUCCAGCCAUGUGGGAGGUACAAGCCUGGAAGAUGUGACGACAUCCUCAAAUGGAAGCCCCCCAACCUCAACUCCGUGGACUUUCGUCUCAAGAUCACCAAAGUCGGAGGAGAAGGGCUGCUACCACAGACCUUUGGCUUCCUCUAUGUUGGCAACUACGACAGGCCCUUUGCGCAGAUGAAGGCCACUAAAGAGCUGAAACAAUACGACAACAAGAUCAUUGAGUGCACCUUUACCAACAACAGCUGGGUGUUCAUGAGGCAGAGGGUGGACAAGAGCUUCCCCAACUCCUAUGAUACAGCCAUGGCUGUGUGUCAAAGCAUCCGGGAGCCCGUCACUAAGGAAAUCCUUUUUGAGUAUCUGGACCGCUGUGCUCAGGGAGCACAAUCCCAAAACCGGAAAAACCCGCGAGACCCAGACUCUGAGCUAAUGCCCCCUCCCCCUCCAAAGAGACCCAACCGGGCCAUCCCGUAGCCCACAGCUACGCCUUUGGGACUGCUCCACGGUUACUGUGUACAUCCAGCCACUCACACCCCUACAGAUAAAGGACAUUUCAAGGCUUUCUUACCUGCAAGCACGUUUGCUUUAUCAGCCCAUACAUGUCGGAGCACCAGAAAACCUCGAUGUCAUUAAAUUACAUUGUAGACCUCUUUGUAGCUUUAAUUGCCUGUGUUCUUAUUAAAAUGUAAAAAAAAAAAAAAAAAAAAAUUA